AUGGCGCGCGCGGACGACGACGAACGGGGACGAAAGCGACGGCGCGAGAGCGCGGGAGAUGGGUUCGGCGUACGCGCGGAGCGCGAGUACGUGCCGGGCGCGGUGAUGCGUGUUCGAAUGAAAAACUUCAUGACGCACGGUGACGUGACGUUCGAACCCGGACCGCGAUUGAACGUCGUCGUGGGACCGAAUGGCGUGGGGAAAUCGGCGUUCGUGUGCGCGGUGUGCGUCGGACUGGGAGGGUCGACGAAACUGUUGGGACGCGCGGGAUCGAUUCAAGAUUUCGUGAAGCGCGGGACGGAGAGCGCGUGGACGGAGAUCACGCUGCGAGGGCGAGAGGUGGGGAAACCGAUCGUAAUCAGGCGGGAUUUUAAGAAUCGUGAUGGUGGGGCGUCGAGAUGGAAGAUGAAUGGGGUCGAGGUGAAGCACGAAGACGUGCAGAGGGAGAUGAAGGCGCUGAAUAUGCAGCUCGACAACCUGUGCUCCUUCUUGCCGCAGGAUCGCGUGUCGGCGUUUUCGAUGCUCAAUCCGCAGGAACUGUUGCAGGAGACGGAGAAAGCGAUCGGAAACGCUGAGAUGUACAAGCAACACGAGCAGUUGAAGGAGAUGAAGGGUGGCAUCGAGGGUUUGGAGCGGUCCGUGGAUCAAAAGACGGCGCGAUUGGAAAAGUUGAAACGCGAAAACGAACACUUGGAGCGAGAUGUCCAGCGGUUUCAAGAGCGCGAAGCGCUCAUCGCGGAUGCGGAUAAGAUGGGUACGAAGAUUCCUUGGCUCAAGUACAACAAGGCGUACGAGUCAAUGGCGCACAUCAAGAACGGGUACGACGCGAUCAAGACCAAGUGCUCCGACGAGAAGCAAAAGCACAAUGUGCUGUUUGCUGAAUACCAGAGAAUCGAGGGGCCGUUCAAAGAGAUCACCGCUGAGAUUGAACAAAGUCGUAGAGCGGUGAAAGCGGAGAAAAUGAAACUGGAGAAGGCGGAGGCGCAAACGAACAAACUUGCGGGUGAGCACAACAAUUUCAAGAGACAACUGUUUGAGGCGCGCAAAGACGCGAAAGCAGCCAAGACCAAGGUGGAGAAUCGUCGUGCCGUCAUCGCCAAGCUUGAGGCAAGCAAGGAUCAGCUUCCAGAGGUGCCUGCAGAUAUCGACGAACGGCGUGAAGCGCUUAAGAGGGCCGCAAAUGAGAAGCAACGAGAAAUCGUUUACGCCGAUGAGGCCCUACAAAACGCAAACAUGGCGAAGCGUCCGAUCCAACAGAAAUGUCAAUCACUGAAGGCUCAAAAGGAAGCGGUUGAGUCCGUGCGAGACCAAAAGCUGGAGAGUUUAUCGAAACAUCCCAAUUUUAGACAAAUCAAGGAGGCGGACGCAUGGGUAAGAGAACACAAACCAACGUUCCACGGUGAAGUCCUCGGUCCGCUGCUCGCGGAAAUGGAGGUCAGCGACCACACGCACCAAAACUACAUCGAGCAGCAUCUUGGUCCGCACGUUUUGGCGACGUACAUCGUCACUGACGAGCGUGACGAGCGUGCCGUUAGCGAGCACAUGAAACGAUUCCGCAUCAACGUGUGGACACGUCGAAGCUCUGAGCAGCACGUGCCUGGAGUGGUGAGCCCUGAACUGAGACAAUCGGGCGUCAUGACGACGCUGGAUAACUUGUUCAAGGCGAAGAGCGUCGUGAAACAAGCGCUGAACGACACGCAUCAGAUUUGCAAGGUGUACGUCGGCGACAACAGGCUUGAUUCAACGACGGCUGAACAGCUGUUCCAUCGGAACCUCGCGACGCAGGUUUACUGUCCGAAGGGUGUUUACGUCGCGCGAAAGUCUCGUUACGCCUCUGGUACUUUCACUAUGAUUCAAAACGACAUUAGGCAGAACAGAUUGUUCGUACGUGAGUCGAGCGGAAACAUUGAAGAAUUGAAGAAGAAACUCGAUGAAGCCAUGCGGGAACUCGAGGCUUCCGAACAAAAGGUGAUACGCCUCCAACAAGACAGCCACGAGAAGAAGCAAAAGGCCCAGGAGAUCAGUAGACAGCGACAAGCUCUCAACAGUAUGGCUCAGGAACCAGAACAGAGGCGAAGACAGAUUGAAAGUCGAAUCGCGCAGAACAAGGCUUUGAUGGCUGAGGACGAGAAAGCGGCCGAUGUGUCGACUCUGGAGAGAAAAAUCGCUAAAGAUCAGGAGGAUAACGACAAGGAGCGAAUCAGGUGGGCGAUACAGAUGUGCGACGCCGUCGAGGCGGAACACGCUGCUUCGAAAGAAUUGACUCUCAAACUACUGCAGAGCAUGGAGAAGCGAGUGCAAAUGGAGGAAACAGAGAGUCGCCUGCGCGAUAUCGAGACAAGAAUCGAAUCUCUCAAGGCUCAACGCCAGGAGAUCAAGGAUAAAUUCGCGACGGCGAAAAAUAAGUGCCUUGUACUGAAGGGCGAGGCGGAGAGCGUGGUGACCCUUACGGACGAAGUGCACAAGAUGUUUGAAGAAUGGCCAGACACUGUGGAGGAGCUAGAGUUCGAGAUUCAGAACCUGCGCGAACAAGCCGACGCGAUUCUGUGCCACAAUCCAACCGUGCUCGAUGAGUUCAACAAGCGGCGAGCUGAAAUGACGUCACUCACAAGAACGCUUGAGAGUGAAAAGGAAGAGCUCGCUAUGAAGCAAAAGGGCAUCGACGACGUCAAGCGCCAGUGGCUGCCGCAGCUGAAGGAGAAGAUCCAAAAGAUAAGCGAUGAAUUUCAGAGCAACUUUGCGCGUAUUGGCUGCGCCGGUCAGGUCACCUUGGCGGGCGACGGCUCUCGUGAGCACGACGGAGGAUUUGGCGACGAUUUCAGAGAGUACUCGCUCGAGAUUCGAGUCAAGUUCCGGCCGAACGAAGACAUGCACUUGCUCGACGCACACCGCCAGUCAGGUGGCGAGCGAUCGGUGACGACAAUGUUGUAUAUGAUUGCGUUGCAGGCGCACACUUCAGCUCCGUUCCGUGUGGUGGAUGAGAUCAACCAAGGCAUGGAUGCGCGAAACGAACGCAAGGUGUUCAAACGCAUGGUCGAGGCGGCGAGCAUCCCGGGUACGCCCCAGUGCUUCGUUGUCACGCCUAAAUUACUCACGCAGUUAGAAUAUAGCGAGGAUUGCACAGUGAUGUGUAUUUUCAACGGCCCUUACGUGCAUGAGAUGGCGACGAAGUGGACGGAGAUGCAGAGAGCUUUCAACGGCGUCGAGCAACAGGCACUGUUGGCGUAG